AAAAAUAAUACCGAUUUGACAACAGGAAUACAUAUUAUAAACCUGUUAAUAAUUUUCAACAAGGUGUUUUUGCCAACUGUAGAAUACAAUAUGGAUGAACUAAAUCACGUUUAAAUUGAUUUAUCCCGUAUGCAUGAAUAAGUAUUUUCCCUAUCCAUUGUGUUGACAGCACCUUGAUUCUCUCGUUUCCGUGUCGGUAAAAAGUGGGUGGGGUGCGCCAAUUAAGGAUAUCAAUUACCUAGACUGAAGUCCAGAAGUAUACAGAACACUGUAUAAGGGAUGCUUUCUCUUAUGGGUGUUGGUAUAAAAUGAUGUCCUUUAUGUACCGCAAGAAGAAAUACAAGUUUCAUGUGACCUUUGAACUUGAGGAGCUUUCAUCCGUGCCCUUUGUCAGUGGCAUCCUGUUUGUGAAGCUGCGAACCCUGGAAGGCGGCCAUUUUUCUGAUGUGUCUGAGAGAAAAGAAGUUCUCAACCACUGUGUCAAAUGGGACAGCAAGUAUGUGUUUGAGUGCAAGAUGACAGGCAGUGCCAACACAGGCAUCCUUGACCCAUGCAUCUUCAGGGCCUCGGUUAGAAGGGAGCUAAAGGGAGGCAAGUCGUAUCAAAAGCUGGGCUUUGCUGACAUCAACCUGGCUGAGUUUGCAGGCUCCGGGUCCCAGCAGAGGAAGUUCCUACUCGAGGGGUAUGACUCAAAGAACAGACAGGACAACUCCACACUGAAAGUCACCCUCACUGUGGCUCUCAAAUCUGGAGACCCAGUCUUUAAAGCGAUGACCCAGUCUCAGUUCCUGGUGCCUGAGGAGGAGCCCACAGAAAGUAGAGUUGUCUCCCUUGAGGAGGAGGGAAGUCUCGCAUCAAACAGCAGUGGCUUUGGCAGCUUGCCAAGGAAAGAUCGACCCAGUGUCAUCUCUAGAGAUGACUCUGAAAAAGAUUUUGAGAAGGGUCAUUCUAGAAAUUCAAGUUUCACCAGUCUUCACUCACGCAAUGGUUCGAAUUAUGGCUCAUUAACUCACAGCAGACAGAACAGCCAAGGAACCAGCACCUCUCAAGACCACCCUGCACAUACCAGAAGUCCCAGUGCUGGGUCCUCCCUGUCAGAGUUUGCCAAAGCAGAGAGGAGACGGAUUCAUGCCCAUACGUUGACCACUAUACAUAAGCUGGAGGAGACGUCAUUCAAAGAGCGUCGUGUCGACCAGACCCGUGUGGACGCAGAGGGCCUUGUGGAGGAGCUUCUCAAGUCCACUGAUCUCAAACCUCAGGAGCUUGAUGAAUCUUCAGGACUGCAACUGUUAGUUGGAAAGGAUGGCACGAUGGCCUUGAGAUGAGGCUAGCUAUGACUCUUAUUGCUCAUGUGUUGUGUGGCCUUUUUUAGUGCAAUGUUGCCUUUUAUUGGAGCUCAUGGACUGGUUGAGUUAAUACUGCUAAACUGUGUCACUGUUUACUCUGACCUUGUACACUUGAUGACAGCGUGACCUGCAUUGGACUUGUGGAACACCAAUUGUAGUGUUCAAUUGAGUGACUGUGAUGUACACUGAUGGUGUUCAAUCAAUAGUACCAGUAUGUUCGGUGUAAAGGCAAGCGUUGUGAACAAUGACCUCUUCUUAACUAGUGCUGAAGCUACUGGUGCAAGUCAACUGUGGCUUGUUGUCAACUGUGAUCACUAUAUGGCAUCUGCCAUUUGUACUUGAUUGUGGCACUUUUAUUUUUUAACUGUGCACUUUUUGGAAAUCAACUUGUUUAAUGUAAAUAUUGUUUAAGAUGCUAGCAUGUUACCUAUUUAUUUGCUAGUUUGUUGUUCAUUGUGCACAGGGAAAGAACAUGUCAUAUGAUGCAAGUUAAUACUCUUGAACAAUGUGCUGUGUAGUUCACGUGUUGGUUUUCAUGUAUUCAUGGAACUCAUAUGAAAGUAGCCGAUAUCCUUAGAGUUAGGAUAAAAAUACUUGAGAUAUGAACUUUUUCCCUAUUUAACUGUCAUUAUUUUAUCUAUCAAUUUUUUUGUUGCACUGCAUUUCAAAUUUAAGUAUAUGAAAUUUAAGAGCUCAUUGAUGUAAAAUAAUGAAAACAAAUUUGUACUGUAGAAGAAAAGAGACCUUUUGAAGUACGUGAAUAAUAUAAAUAAAUAAAAAGUUGUUCCUGUGAAUUAAAUUAGUUUGUUGUUUUAACCUUAGUGUUUGUCUAUUAUUAUCUCUAGUUUUUGAAGCCUCGUCUCAACAUUAUUAUGCUCUGAAAAGACAGAAUUCCAGCCUAUUGUAAUACUCCAGGUAGCUAUUUUCAUGAUUAUUUGUGUAAAAUGUACACGCAGUGUAAAGACACAUACUUUGAUAUUUCAGUACAUUAUAUUGACUGUUGUAUUAUUUGCUUGAUCAAAUCAUGUAGCUUACAGGUUUACUCUCAUUUAUAUUGACAAUGUCCCAAUUGUAUAAAUUUAUUUUAUAUUUUAUUUGAAUUUCUUAAUUCCAUUAUUUAGAAAAACUGAUUAUUUAGCAGACAAUUGUUUUUGUAUAAGCAUUGCUGCCUUAAUAUACUGGUUUAGUAAUAAAUAGGGAUAAAAAGGUUAACCGGUUAACCCAUCGAAACGAUCAGUUAACCGUUAAAACUGUUAGGAAAAGGUUAACAUGAUUAAAAAUUUUACUUUUUGUGGGCAACAUAUUGCCAACUUACGGUAGAGUCUAGUUAAAAAAACAGUCCACACCAACAAGGGUAAAAAAUAAUGUGUCAAAAAACACAUUUAUUAAGAAAUAACUGGCAGUAUUGUUUUGUUUUAUGCGCAAAACUUUAAUUUGCAAACUGUGGGGAGUGGGAGCUAUUGGCUUAGAAGUAUUAGACACAUUAUCGAACUUGGCAUCAAAAUAAGUUGAGACGUUGUACAGCUUAUUUUGAUGUUUUGUUAACCAAUAUCCAACGCUGAUUGCUCAUGAAAAAGUGUUUAUAAGUAACAAUUGUAUCAAGAUUAGCAUUCAUGGUUAAAAUCUUGACCAGGUGUUCAAGCAGAAUUUAAUGUUUUAUUAGUAAUUAACGUCCAUCACCACAGCCUUAGGCUAGUUUUAAUUAAGAAAGCAAAUAAAUUAAUAAUUUUACUAAUUUGGUUACAAAACAACAAUCAAAACAGAUUUUUGAAAUAAUCAUUAACUUUAUGUAAUUGUCAAGAAAAUUGAAACAAAAUGAAAAAAAAGAAACACAACAUACCAGUAGUUAUGAGGGAUACAACGCGAACGUAACAUAAGCAUCCCAGCCAAAAAUAAAAUAAUAACAAAUGAAAAUGAACAUAGUGCAUUACUUUUAACUUUUUGCUCAUAUGCUUUUAUGCAGGAAAAAUAAAUACAAAAUAUAUUAUACAUUUACAAAAUUAUAAAAGUAAACUUAAAAUACAUUUUUAUUAAGAAAUUGAUAUGGCUGCUUAUUUUAUCAACACAAGUGAACUUAAAUUAGAUUCUGAAGAGAGUACAUUUACGAGCAAUAUGACAUCUGUUUACGUUUACAAUACCAGUUUUACUUUUAAAGCUUGUUCAGUUAGCCGGUUGCAGUAAAAGGUUAACCGGUUAAUGUUUAUGUAACCUGUUGCAUCCCUAUACUGGUUUAGUAAUAAAUAUAUAUCUACUUUCUAUACAUCAUAAAUUAUAUCAAUUAUUUUACAUUUCCAUAAAUUAUACCCAAACCACAAAGUAGCCAAAAAGUGGCUUGACAAAUUAUUCAUAGAUGAUUCAGCAUUCAACAUUCAAACUAAAAUUGUUCAGCACGGGCAACAUUGUUGUCAUCUUAUGUUCAAAAUUGCACAAGUUUUUUUAACUAACAAAUACUUUUUUAAUAUGAUAUUAACAAACUUUGUAGAAAUAGUACUCCUUCACUUUCUAACUUACAUUAGAACUUGCUAGCAUUGUUCCUUAUAUUAUUUAGUUCUGAAUUUCUGUGUGAUGACUACUAAGACUACAACUUUCUACAUUUAUACCAUGCGUCUAUCAGGGGGUAUUCAGCACUACUACUAGCUUAAGUUCAAUAACAGGCAAGGCAGAAAUGUUGUCCAACAAUAUAGUUGCUACACCAUGGUUUGACCUGGGGUCAAAUUUUAGGGAGAAGUCACUUGCUUACUUAACUAAAACAGUCCUGAUAUUUAUGAUUCUCUUAAACAUAAGGAUUUCCGAAAAUGCUGAUUUAUGUUAUGUAUUACUUUGUUUCACAUUUUUCGAUGUCCAGGUCUGUUUUCUAUAGUUCUUCAUUCUGUGUGUAUAUACCAUUCUAUGUGGUACUCCUGGAGACUGGAGUCAUGUUCUAUACACACAGCUGUACUGACAACCUCUCUCCUGGUCACUGGAGUCAUGUUCUAUACACACAGCUGUACUGACAACCUCUCCUGGAGACUGGAGUCCUGUUCUAUACACACAGCUGUACUGACAACUUUCGCCUGGAGACUGGAGUCAUGUUCUAUACACACAGCUGUACUGACAACCUCUCCUGGAGACUGUAGUCCUGUUCUAUACACACAGCUGUACUGACAACUUUCGCCUGGAGACUGGAGUCAUGUUCUAUACACACAGCUGUACUGACAACCACUCUCCUGGAGACUGGAGUCACGUUCUAUACACACAGCUGUACUGACAACUUUCUCCUGGAGACUGGAGUCAUGUUCUAUACACACAGCUGUACUGACAACUUUCUCCUGGAGACUGGAGUUGUGUCCUAUACACACAGCUGUACUGACAACUUUCUCCUGGAUACUGGAGUCGUAUACACACAGCUGUACUGACAACCACUCUCCUGGAGACUGGAGUCACGUUCUAUACACACAGCUGUACGGACAACCACUCUCCUGGAGACUGGAGUCAUGUUCUAUACACACAGCUGAACUGACAACCACUCUCCUGGAGACUGGAGUCAUGUUCUAUACUAACAGCUGUACUGACAACCUCUCUCACUCUUAUGCUGAUAGAUGUCCUGCUAUAUGAAUGUCUUGAACCGUUCAGAGUGUUUAUAGUCUGGUUUUGUACCCAUAUAGGAAGUAUAUGUGCCUGCUUUUAGUAACCUAUUGUUUACAAUAUAUGUGUAUAGUUUCUAACUAUCACUGUGUACAUAGUUUCUAUCAGUUAGCCAUGUUGGUCCUGUACAAGUUAUACUACAUCUGCACUUGUUUUGUUGUAAAUGAUAAAAAGGUUGUGUUUUGACAUCAACUGUUUUACAACUUUUGUUAAAUCUGUUUAUAAACCUUAUGUUUUGUGUGUUUUGGAGACUCAUGUACGUAUGAUUUUGGUACAUGCAGUACAAAUUUAAUGUUUGCUUAUUGCAUUUCAUAAAACUGAUAUACAUGUUCAGGUAUAUUACAAUUAUCGUAGCAUGUAUGUUAAAUGCUGCUGAUAUUUGGAUGCUGCUCGGCUGUAUGACUAACAGGUCAUGUACUUGUGGGCACUGGAUGCUGACUGUGCUGUAUGACUAACCGGUCAUGUACAUGUUGGGCACUGGACACUGCAUGAGCUGUAUGACUAACUGGUCAUGUACUUGUGGGCACUGGGUGCUGCUUGUGCUGUAUGACUAACCGGUCAUGUACUUGUGGGCACUGGGUGCUGCCUGUCCUGUAUGACUAACCGGUCAUGUACUUGUGGGCACUGGAUGCUGCUUGUGCUUUAUGACUAACCGGUCAUGUACUUGUGGGCACUGGGUGCUGCUUGUGCUGUAUGACUAACCGGUCAUGUACUUGUGGGCACUGGGUGCUGCCUGUCCUGCAUGACUAAGUGGUCAUGUACUUGUGGGCACUGGUUGCUGCUUGUGCUGUAUAACUAACCGGUCAUGUACUUGUGGGCACUGGGUGCUGCCUGUCCUGCAUGACUAACUGGUCAUGUACUUGUGGGCACUGGGUGCUGCUUGUGCUGUAUGACUAACCGGUCAUGUACUUGUGGGCACUGGGUGCUGCCUGUCCUGCAUGACUAACUGGUCAUGUACUUGUGGGCCCUGGGUGCUGCUUGUGCUGUAUGACUAACCGGUCAUGUACUUGUGGGCACUGGAUGCUGCUUGUGCUGCAUGACUAACUGGUCAUGUACUUGUGGGCACUGGGUGCUGCGUAUCCUGUAUGACUAACUGGUCAUGUACUUGUGGGCACUGGGUGCUGCUUGUGCUGCAUGACUAACUGGUCAUGUACUUGUGGGCACUGGGUGCUGCUUGUGCUGCAUGACUAACUGGUCAUGUACUUGUGGGCACUGGAUGCUGCUUGUGCUGCAUGACUAACCGGUCAUAUACUUGUGGGCACUGGAUGCUGCUUGUGCUGCAUGACUAACUGGUCAUGUACUUGUGGGCACUGGGUGCUGCGUAUCCUGUAUGACUUACUGGUCAUGUACUUGUGGGCACUGGGUGCUGCUUGUGCUGCAUGACUAACUGGUCAUGUACUUGUGGGCACUGGGUGCUGCUUGUGCUGCAUGACUAACUGGUCAUGUACUUGUGGGCACUGGAUGCUGCUUGUGCUGCAUGACUAACCGGUCAUGUACUUGUGGGCACUGGAUGCUGCUUGUGCUGCAUGACUAACUGGUCAUAUACUUGUGGGCACUGGGUGCUGCAUGACUAACUGGUCAUGUACUUGUGGGCACUGGGUGCUGCUUGUGCUGCAUGACUAACUGGUCAUUACUUGUGGGCACUGGGUGCUGCAUGACUAUCUGGUCAUGUACUUGUGGGCACUGGGUGCUGCCUGUCCUGCAUGACUAACCAGUCAUGUACUUGUGGGCACUGGAUGCUGCUUGUGCUGUAUGACUAACUGGUCAUGUACUUGUGGGCACUGGAUGCUGCCUGUCCUGUAUGACUAAUCGGUCAUGUACUUGUGGGCACUGGAUGCUGCUUGUGCUUUAUGACUAACAGGUCAUGUGCUUGUGGGCACUGGGUGCUGCUUGUGCUGUAUGACUAACUGGUCAUGUACUUGUGGGCACUGGGUGCUGCCUGUCCUGCAUGACUAACUGGUCAUGUACUUGUGGGAACUGGGUGCUGCCUGUCUUGCAUGAGUAACCGGUCAUGUACUUGUGGGCACUGGGUGCUGCUUGUGCUGUAUGACUUACUGGUCAUGUACUUGUGGGCACUGGGUGCUGCCUGUCCUGUAUGACUAACCGGUCAUGUACUUGUGGGCACUGGAUGCUGCUUGAGCUGUAUGACUAACUGGUCAUGUACUUAUGGGCACUGGAUGCUACCUGUCCUGCAUGACUAACCGGUCAUGUACUUGUGGGCACUGGGUGCUGCCUGUCCUGCAUGACUAGACGGUCAUGUACUUGUGGGCUCUGGGUGCUGCCUGUCCUGCAUGACUAACCGGUCAUGUACUUGUGGGCACUGGGUGCUGCCUGUCCUACAUGACUAACCGGCCAUGUACUUGUGGGCACUGGGUGCUGCGUAUCCUGCAUGACUAACCGGUCAUGUACUUGUGGGCACUGGAUGCUGCUUGUGCUGUAUGACUAACCGGUCAUGUACUUGUGGGCACUGGGUGCUGCUUCUUCUGUAUGACUAACCGGUCAUGUACUUGUGGGCACUGGAUGCUGACUGUGCUGUAUGACUAACUGGUCAUGUACUUGUGGGCACUGGAUGCUGCCUGUGCUGUAUGACUAACCGGUCAUGUACUUGUUGGCACUGUAUGACUAACCAGUCAUGUACUUGUGGGCACUGUAUGACUAACUGGUCAUGUACUUGUGGGCACUGGAUGCUGCCUGUGCUGUAUGACUAACCGGUCAUGUACUUGUUGGCACUGUAUGACUAACCAGUCAUGUACUUGUGGGCACUGUAUGACUAACUGGUCAUGUACUUGUGGGCACUGUAUGACUAACUGGUCAUGUACUUGUGGGCACUGGAUGCUGCCUGUGCUGUAUGACUAACCGGUCAUGUACUUGUUGGCACUGUAUGACUAACCAGUCAUGUACUUGUGGGCACUGUAUGACUAACUGGUCAUGUACUUGUGGGCACUGUAUGACUAACUGGUCAUGUACUUGUGGGCACUGGGUGCUGCCUGUGCUUUCUCGACUGUGAUUCUUUUCUACUGUUCUCUAACUUGCUGUGUUUCUCAUUAUGUUUUCAUUUUAACAUUGUUCAUGACAUUAUUAUUGUUUUAUGUUAUUUUUUAUUUCAAAACUUUUAAAAGCCUAAAGCAUGCUUUGAGACUGUGACUUGGGUAAUGAACAUUGAAUUUAAAUUUAAUGUAAACCUGUUGACAUAUUAGAGCACACUGGGCUGGAAAUCAUUGAUGUUAUGGCAGCAAUUAAAUAUGCAAGGAUAUGUACAUAAUACAUCAUCAUACAAUAUCUGCUUUAUAAGGUUUGCUUGAUCCAAAUGUUGUAUAAUAAAUGUUUGAGAGUUAUACAGAUAUCAAGUAGAAGAUGCUUUUGAUUUCACUCAUCUUUUUUAACCCUACAGACAUCUGCUAUUAUAUAAUCAAUAGUUUUACAUUAGAAUUAGUUUGUUUGUUUUCAGGGUAAUACCAUGCAAUAUUUUUCUCAGUAAAGUGAGAAACGAAAUCCAGAGCGCUUGCACAAAUUAAAGUUUGUACAUUUUUUCACCUUACUGAGAAAAUAUAAAGAGUAUUUCUCUGAAAGAAAAAAACACUUUUUGUUCAUUACUUUCCAUAUUUGUAAAAUUUUUGAUUUUUUUUUAUGCCUGUAAUAAAUGUCUCGUUGAUGUGUACUUUAGUAAUUGGGUUAAGAAAUGAACAUUCCAGCCCCAUUUUGAUUUUAAUUAAUAUUUGGAUUUCAACUUAUAUUUUAGGGCUGCUAGAGGCCUUAUUGAAGUGCAUAAUGACGUCUUAUUUCUUAGUUCUUUUGACUCCGCAGAAACAAGGUAUACAUGAAUCUAUACAAAAACAAUAGUACUGAAAGGCUCACACAAAAUGGUAACCUAGGUUGGUUUUUUAGAACAAAGUGAACACACAAAUAAUACACUAAUGUUAAAGAUACCACAAUGUUUGCCCUUUCAGCAUGAAACUUGCUCUUAAUAUUUGUAAUACAACAUUUUUGAUGAGUUCUUAAAUGGUUCUUGAAACUUCGCAAAAGCUUAUCAAACCAGUCAAGUUCCUUGGAGUCUCAGAAUAGCUACCUAGGGCAUUUGGUGUCUCAUAUAUAUUAAGAAUACUCUUGAAAACCCAUGUAUGUUUGACCUGUGUGUGUUCUGUGACUGCCCUUUGAAGGCUGGUGUAUUGUUUACCUGAAACAACAAACUAUACUUCUAAUGCAUCAGCAAUCUUAGCUAUGGCAACGGCAUUAAUUAUGUAAAAUGCUGUAAACGCUUUUGAAGUCACUUGUUUUUGUUUGAUUUUCAUAAAGUUAUUUUGGGAGCUUCAUAUGUUUAUUUCUGGUUUGCUAAAUUCUAUGGUUGUAAGUUUUUGUCAUGUGUGGGCAUUAAUUUUAUGUUGAUAUAGUGCAAUUGCAAGAAAGAGUAUUGCUGUAUUAUUGGUCAACAAACCAAGACAUUAUGAAAUUACUGACAUGCAUUACCUUCUCUGCUAUUUAUUGCCAGUAUCCUGUAUAAUUAAUUGUAUAGAUUACCGUAUUUAAAGUAGAUAUAUUGUAUAUUUGCAUGUGUCAACAGUUUAUAUUAGCAUUAAGACUAUGUUUACUUUCCAAUUUGCGUUUCUCUACCCGCACAAAUCUUGUUUAUGGAUACAUACUGGGAACACUGUCGGUCAUUGCGAUUUUUGGUCGGUUGGUUAGUUGGUCUGUCACGCUUUACAUAUGUCGUUAACUCAUCUUUCAGUUUUCUGCCCAUCAGCAUGGAACUUAGAUACAAAAUACAUGGUCUUUGGUAUGUGAUCAAUGUGAAGGAGCUAACAAGAAAAAAUUUAGAUUAAUUUUACGAAAUAAUGAAGUUUUUCCACUUUUGUAUGAGGUUUUGCGAGCGUAUGUGUCAUUUUUUAAAUGAUUUACAAUGAUGUAAAGAAUUGUAUAUUAUUCUGUAACAUAGUAUAACACAUUUUAUUUAUUUUACUAGUUUUGUAUUGCUGGGAUAACAUUUAAAUAAACAAAUGAAAUACGA